AGCUUUGCUCUCGAUAAAAAGUGCUCCAUAUUUACAGCAGAGGCAUAUGCAGUUUUUGCCGCUUUAAAAUCUAUAAUUUCUAUAAAUAAUUGUAAAUAUUUUCUAAUUUUGACAGACUCUUUGAGUCUUUUAAAUAGCCUUAAGCAUUCUAAUAUUAAUAAUUUUAAAACUAAUUAUAUUAUUUAUUUAAUUAAAGAUACUGUCUUACGGUUGCAUAAAAAAGAUAUAACUGUUGCCUUUAUGUGGGUACCCUCACAUAAAGGUAUUACUGGUAACGAAAAAGCAGACAAAGCAACACUCUUAAUGUCAGAAAUGUGGUACAGGUUCCUAUGACUGAUUAUUAUUAUUAUAUCAAUAACUCGAUAAAAAUUUUAUGGACAGCAUUAUGGGAAGAAGAUCAAAAAUUGAAAGGAAAAUGGUAUGGUAGUAUACAGGAAAAUUUACAUAUAAGACCCUGGUAUGAUGAGUUGAAUACUAGCUGUAUCGUGAGUCGUGAGUUCGUUACCACAAUCAACAGAUUGCGCUUUGGGCAUAACACUGCACCCGCGCACCUCGCUAAACUUAAUAUUAUAACUAACAAUAUUUGCUCUUUCUGUAAUAAUAACGAGAUCGCAGAUAUCAACCAUAUCUUUUUUAAAUGCCAAAACCAAAUAUUCAUUUUUAAUAGACUAAUAUUGGCAAGUGAAAUAAUGGAAAUUAGUGAUCCCUCCCGCCGCCAGUUGUGUGAUUUGCUCAAAAACAAAAAGUGUUAUAGUGCAUUAUAUAUAUACAUCAAAAAUACCGUGGGGAAGAUUUAAGAAAACAAGUGAAACGAUAGAAUAACAUGUGAAUUAGUGACCGUAAAUAAGACUUGGCUUAAAGGUCUCGUUACCAGGCCAUAAAAUUAUUAAUAAAAAAAAAAAAAUGAUUACAAUCAGUCAAUACUCAUUACUCACUCCUACAAUCAAAACUCGAGUCACCAAGGGUUAAAGAAUAAAUCCGUAUUAAAAGUGAUCAUCGUCCAAUAAUCAUAUCUGAAUUAUAUUCAGUGUGUUGAAGGUUUCAGAUUCAAUAUUUUAUAUUACCGUACACGCUUUUCCUUGCGAUUUUAUCUUUGAGCAAUCUGCAAAAUGGGUUGUGAUGGUGGAACUAUUCCCCGUCGUGAUGAACUUGUCCGCUUAAAAAAGAAACCAGAACAGAAAGACAAAGAUGCUGAACGUUCUUUCAAGUGGCGUAAUUGUGCAUUAUCUCAGCAACCAUUGCAAGAACCGAUAGCCGCAUGUGGCCUUGGCAGAUUGUACAGCAAAAGUUCAGUAUUAGAAACUCUACUGGAUAAAGAAAGCAAGCCCGAAUCAAUAAGUCAUAUUAAAAAUCUCAAGGAUAUAAGGGAUCUAAAUCUGACAAAGAAUCCGGCAUACAAACAAACUGAACAUACCAAUGGUGAAGUGGGUGAUGGCAGUGCUCCUUAUAUAUGCCCCAUAAGUGGUUUAGAGAUGACAGGAAAGUUUCGAUUCAUAUUUUUAUGGAGCUGUGGCUGUGUGCUAGCUGAAAGAGCAUUAAAGGAAGUGAAACAGAACCUUUGUCAUAUGUGUCAGAAUCCUUUCACUGAUAAUGAUGUAGUGGUUCUCAAUGGAAAUGAGGAAGAUAUUGAAAAACUCGUGGAACAGAUGUCAAUAAGAGUAUCUAACAGAAAGACUAAAAAAUCUAAAACUGAAAAGAAAGAAAAGGUUGAAAUAAAAAAAGAGGAACCUUCAACAUCCCAAGAACCUCAACCUUGCAGUAGUCAAGUUACAAAGGAAGAUGAUAAGAGUCAACUGAAAAAAGAAAUGUCAGAUACAAUACCACUAACAUUACCAAAAUUUAAUCCAAACAAACAAGCAAGAGGACAUUUUGGAUCAUUCAAAAGGGCUCAUCCGAAUGCAUUGCAGCAAGAUCCAUCCUAUAAAAAGACAAAGAAAGAUUACAGUAUAGCCAAAGAUCCUCAAUCAAGUGAAGUCUAUAAAUCAUUAUUUACAACACACAAAAGUGAAGAAGACCAAAAACGAGCUCACUGGGUUACAUACAAUCCAUUCUAUAAUUAAUAUAUUUUAAUAAAAAAUGUUGAUAUGAUGAUCAAUUAUUGGUAUAUAUUGGUAUUGGUAUAUAUAUAUGAA